CACUUAGGGAUUGUCUAAAUGCAACGGCCGAAAAUCUUGCCGGGUCAUACGAUAUUCCCGUUGUAAUGAAGGACCGCUAGGAAUGUAUGAUGACAUUUUCACCGUCUCAUUACUUUCCGCUGCAUGAGAAUGAAUUCCCGAAGAUUUGCCAUCAUCAAGUUUAUAAGCUGAGGAGAUUAUCCAGAGAAAAGAAAGCAGCAGCUCCAGUUGACAAGUUACAAUGGCUCCCUUACUUGAUAUUCUCUCGGCCCUCUCUAUUUGCAUUGCUACUGUCAAUGCUAAAGCUUGGGACUCAUCUUUGUUCGCGACAUCUCCUCCGGUCUAUCCUUCUCGUAUGUUCCUUCUUUACCCUUCUCAUAUCCCCUAUGUGUUUGGCUCCAAGGACCUCGCAAUCCCUCAGGGCCAUAGCACUUGCAUUUCUUCAGCUUAUUCCAUAUUGGACAUACUAACAUCUCUUCUAGCUGAAUUACAGGGUACAGGAUGGGAAGAGGCUCUCGUAAAAGCUAAAUCCUUCAUCGGUAAUCUCACAUUAGAAGAAAGAGUUUCACUAUUAACUGGUGCAGAUGGACCUUGUGUUGGGUAAGAAAUUCCAUCAUUCAUCAUAGAUCUUCUCUUACUAAUGCUAUUAAAAGUAACAUUGCACCAAUCCCACGCGUUGGAUUCAAGGGGCUCUGUCUUCAAGAUGGUCCACUUUCCUUAAGAGAGGCUGAUUAUGUGACCGUAUUCCCUGCUGGUCUUACUGCUGCUGCAUCCUGGGAUCGAAGUCUUAUGCACACCAGAGGAGAGUACCUUGGUGCUGAGUUUCGUGGUAAGGGUGCACAUGUCUACUUGGGACCUGUAGCUGGUCCACUUGGUAGAAGUGCUACAGCAGGAAGAAAUUGGGAAGGAUUUUCUCCAGAUCCCUAUCUGACUGGUGUUGCUAUGGAAGAGACAAUCAUUGGUGUUCAGUCUCAAGGUGUUCAAGCCAGUGCUAAACAUUUCCUCGCCUAUGAACAAGAGACUCAACGAAAUACUGCAGAUAUCUUCAAUUCAACCUGGUAUCCAAAUGCCACUCAACAAAUGUCUGUCUCUUCAAACGUUGAGGAUAGGACUAUUCAUGAGUUGUACUUGUGGCCAUUUUACAAUGCCGUUCGCUCUGGUGUUGCAAAUGUCAUGUGCUCUUACAACAGAGUUAAUUCAUCCUACUCCUGUCAAAACUCUAAACUCUUGAAUGGAUUGCUCAAAACUGAGCUUGGUUUUCAAGGAUUUGUUGUAUCUGAUUGGAUGGGAACACAUGCUGGUGUUGACUCUGCCAAUGCUGGUUUGGAUAUGACCAUGCCAGGAGCUCAAACUUGGAAUGCAAUGGCACCUGGAGUAGCAUCAUACUUCGGUGGCAACCUUACUACUGCUGUGAAUAACGGUUCCGUUACUCUUGACCGCCUUAACGAUAUGGCCCUUCGAGUUAUGACUCCAUACUUUUUCCUUGGACAGGAUCAAGAUUUCCCUCUUAUCGAUGGCUCUACCGGUUCCUAUCCGGUAAUGAACGAUUUUAAUAACCCAGUUAAUUUCGAAUCAGACUGGGUCAAUGCAAUGGGUCCUGCCGAUGUUGAUGUUCGUGGAAAUCACAGCUGGUUGGUUCGUGAACUCGGUGCUGCUGGUACUGUGCUUCUCAAGAAUACCAACAAUGCACUCCCUCUCAAAGCUCCCAAACGUAUCGGAGUUUUCGGAAAUGCUGCCGGAGAUUUAACAAAUGGUCCUUAUCCUCAUGACAAAGACUAUGAAUACGGAUGUCUACCGGUGGGUGGUGGUUCUGGAUCUGGAAGACUUUCUCAACUCGUUUCUCCUUUGGAAGCUAUCAAGACUCGUGCUCUUAAGGAUGGCUCAAUGGUUCAAUAUAUCUUGAACAAUACCCAAUUAACCACCACAGGAGGUUUCAAGAAUAUGAUAUACCCCAUCCCAGACGUAUGCUUAGUCUUCAUUAAAACAUACGCAAAGGAGGGUGAUGACCGAACAUCCUUAUCAUUUGAUUGGGAUGGAGAUUCAGUUGUUGAACAAGUUGCCACAAACUGCAGCAACACAAUCGUUGUCUCUCAAUCCACUGGUAUUAACCUCAUGCCAUGGGCUAAUCACCCAAACGUUACCGCUAUCCUCGCUACCCAUCUCUCCGGUGAUCAAAUCGGAAAUAGUUUAGUUGACAUUCUCUACGGUGCCUAUAAUCCUUCCGGACAUCUCCCCUACUCUAUCGCCUACAAUAUAUCAGACUACUCUUUUGCCCCCGUCACCACCAACGUAUCCUCCUCCUCACCAGAUGCAUGGCAAUCCGAUUUCACCGAACGUCUUCUCAUCGAUUAUCGUUACUUUGAUUAUCAUAACAUUUCCGUUCUUUACGAAUUCGGUUUCGGUCUCAGCUACACCACAUUUAACCUCUCCUCAUUAACCAUCUCUCCCAUUUCCAACUCUACCCUCUCAUCUACCCCGGCUACCAUGGAACCAAAUACUAGUAUUCCUGGCGGAAACCCCGAUCUCUGGACCCCAAUCUACACAGUCACGGCUUCAGUAACCAACACGGGAAACUUUUCCGGUGCAGCUGUUCCUCAACUAUAUAUCACGAUUCCGGAAACGGAUGGAGAAACUCCGGUGAAACAAUUGAGAGGAUUUGAAAAGAUUGGUUUGAAUGCCGGUGAAAGUAAGAAUGUUAGAUUUGAGUUGAUGAGGAGGGAUAUUAGUAUUUGGGAUGUGCAAUUACAGGAGUGGAGAAUUCCAGAGGGGGAAUUCGGGGUAAAGGUUGGGUUUUCCAGUAGGGAUUUGAGAGUUGAGGGAGCUUUUGAGGUUUGAGGUUGAGGUUGAGGUUGAGGGUUUGGGUUUGAGAUCUUGGGUGUCAAAUUCUUGAAUGAGAGGUUGAAGUAGAGAAAAGGUAUCCGGGGUUUGAUGAGUUAUGUUUAAUGAUUUUUUUAUGGCCUGGAUGAUUAUGAAUUCGGUCAUAUUGGUUUCUGAAAAGAAAUUUCUUGUAUAAAUAGAUAGUAGCUUGGGCAUAAUGAAAGUUAAUGAUUUUUUUCAUAUU